AUGCGAACGCACCUGUGUUUGAGCGAGACGCCUGGACAGAAGCCCGGGAGCCUGCGGGAGCCGGGCAGUGCCGCCUGCCCCGAGCGACCCAGGUCUACAGGCCCAGCAGCUGCCCUGCGCCCGGGCAUAGGGCAGCCCGGACCCCCCGCCUUGAAGGUCAAGCAGUGCGGGGAGAGUGGCAGAGCCCAGGCAGCCCAGGCAGGGAGAGGUCUCUGCCAGGGCCCACGGUGCCAAUGCCAGGCCCCCGCCGACCGCCGGCGGGCAGCGCCCGUGGGGCUCCGACGCUGCCUGCAGGGCCCCCCAACCCCACAGCCCCCCAACAUCUGGGCUGGGAUUUGCGAGUCCCAGCAGCAGACUGUGUGCUCACCAGCUCCCACUCUUGCCCCCACCACUCUGCCUGCAGGGGCUUCCGGCCUGAAUGGGGCCACCCACCGGGGUCACUUGAAGCGAGCCCGCUGCCCAGCGCCGUGCCCAGAGAGGCUGCGAGACCGGGGGCGGGACCCCGAGGCGACCGCCGCUCGAAACGGAACGAUCUGCCAGGCCGGGGACUUCAGAUGCCAAGCUGGUCCCGGGCCGGCAGGAGGGCUGGUCACCGGGGCAGACAAGGCGAUCCUGGGGGGCCUGCUCUGGGGCCAGCUCCUGGCUGAGCUGGCUGAUACAUCUGUGGCCGUGGGCGUGCGGGGAGGCAGCCGUCUGGGGAAGCACCUCCGAGACGUGAUGGCGAAGAGGAUGACGGGCAGGAUCCGGCAGUACUGCACGAAGCGGCAGGCAGCCGGGGAGGAGCCCGGGCCGGGCGCCAUGCAGCUCCUGCUCAUCCCGGCCCCGCUGCGCCUGCCGCCGCCACUUGGUGGCGCUGCCGUGGAGGCGGGAGAGGCAGCCAGCCUUGUUGCGCCGCAGCUGGACGGCUCCUCCUCCAGGGUGGAGGGCAGGGUGGAGGGCGGAGGGGGCAUGCCUGGCAGCCUACGCGGCGGCUGGACCUGCCCGGAGGGGGGGAACCCCUGUCAUCGGGACCUGCCGGGGGCGCUACUGAGCUCCCCGGCGGCCGGCCGCAGGAGGGACCCAGCCACCAGCCGCCAGCGGGGCGCCGCUCCCCAGCUCGGCCUCCGGACGCACCCGCCCCGCGCAAACCCGCCGGACCCGCUCCCUCCUCGGCCCCCACCGACCCCCUCGCACCCCACGCCCGGCCCCGCGGCUCCCCUCGCCCCGCCCGCCCCUCGGCCCCUCCUCGGCCCGCGGCCGGCGUACGGGGUGACGCAACGCCGCGCCCGCCCCGCCCGCCCCGCGCCGCCGCCGCCGCCGGCCGGGCUCCAGGGGCCGCUAACGGUCCCGCGCCCCUCGGCGUCCGCCCGCCCGUCGCCCCCCGCCCCCCGCCCCCCGCCCGGCCGAGGCGGCGCCCGCGGGGCCGGCGCGAUGGGGGCGGCCGAGCCGCUGCGCUCGGUGCUGUGGGUGAAGCGGCAGCGCUGCGCCGUCAGCCUGGACCCCGCGCGGGCGCUGCUGCGCUGGUGGCCCAGCCCGGGGCCCGGAGCCGCCGUCCCCGGCGCGGGCGCCUGCUCCGUGCCCGUGGCGGAGAUCAUCGCCGUGGAGGAGACGGAGGGUCACGGGAAGCCCCAGGGCAGCGGGAAGUGGCAGAAGAUGGAGCCGCCCUUCGCUUUCACAGUGCACUGCGUGAGGAGGGCCCGGCGCCGCCGCUGGAAGUGCGAGCAGGUGACGUUCUGCGGUGCCGACGAGCAGCUGUGCCACCUGUGGCUGCAGACGCUGCGGGAGCAGCUGGACAAGCUGACCUGCAGACCGAAGCGCCUGCUGGUGUUCAUCAACCCGUUCGGAGGGAAGGGCCAGGGCCUGCGGAUCUACGAGCGGAAGGUGGCGCCGCUGUUCGCGCUGGCCGCCAUCUCCACCGAGGUCAUCGUCACGGAGCGAGCCAACCACGCCAAGGAGGCCUUGUAUGAGAUGAGCGUGGACAGCUACGACGGGGUCGUCUGCGUUGGCGGGGACGGCAUGUUCAGCGAGGUCCUGCACGGGCUGAUCGGCAGGACGCAGAGGAUGGCCGGCGUGGACCAGAACGAGCCCCGGGCGGCGCUGGUGCCCUGCCCGCUGCGCAUCGGCAUCAUCCCCGCAGGGUCCACAGAUUGUGUGUGUUACUCCACCGUCGGCAUCAACGACCCAAAGACCUCGGCCCUGCACAUCAUCGUGGGGGACUCGCUGCCCAUGGACGUGUCCUCUGUGCACCACCACGGCGCGCUGCUGCGCUACUCGGUGUCGCUGCUGGGCUACGGCUUCUACGGGGACAUCGUCAAGGACAGCGAGAAGAAGCGCUGGAUGGGGCUCAUCAGAUACGACUUCUCAGGCCUGAAGACCUUCCUGUCGCAUCACUGCUACGAGGGCACCGUGUCCUUCCUCCCGGCGCAGCACACGGUGGGGUCUCCGCGGGACGGGAAGCCCUGCCGGGCCGGGUGCUUCGUCUGCAGGCAGAGCAAGCAGCAGCUGGAGGAGGAGCAGAAGCGGUCGCUGUAUGGCCUGGAGGGCUCGGAGGAGGUGGAGGAGUGGAAGGUCAUCUGUGGGAAGUUCCUGGCCAUCAACGCCGCCAACAUGUCCUGCGCUUGUCCCCGGAGUCCCCGGGGCCUGUCCCCGGCUGCCCACCUGGGAGACGGGUCUUCUGACCUGAUCCUCAUCCGCAAAUGCUCCCGGUUCAACUUCCUGCGGUUCCUCGUCCGGCACACCAACCAGGGCGACCAGUUCGACUUCACUUUCGUGGAAGUUUAUCGCAUCAAGAAGUUCCAGUUCGUGUCGAAGCAGGUGGAGGACGAGGACAGCGACCUGGGCGAGCGGGGGAAGCAGGGGCUGCGCCAGAUCUGCAGCCAGCACCCCUCCUGCUGCUGCAGCGCGGCCAGCAGCUCCUGGAACUGCGACGGGGAGGUGCUGAGCGGCUCCGCCGUGGACGUCAGGGUGCACUGCCAGCUGGUCCAGCUCUUCGCACGCGGCAUCGAGGACGGCCCGUAGGGAACCUGCGGCCGAGGCCCCAUCGCGUCGCCGCCGCCUCGCUGCGCGUGGAAGCGUGAAAAUGGGGAGAACGCAACCGACCGAUGACGUGGCUACGUACAUGCAGACUUAGAAGUUUAUUUUUGAUAGUUAAAUCUCGGUUUUAGAAACAAUACCUUUUGUCCACGGUUCUGUGGGCGCAUCGGGCAUUUCAGUUCCACGUGACUCUCUGGGUGGCAUCUCACUAACGACCCUCCCCCAGCCUCGCUGUGGACUGGGCGCCGGCUUCUGAGACUUCAUCCGCGCUGACGGCCGACUUAAAGACGGCCCGUUAGUGGCUCUGGUUCAGUCGCUUUACAGACAGCGUCGCAGGAGAGCCCUCCGUCGAUGCCACCCGUCUGGACAGGAGGCGCCGCCAUCACGCCGACCAGCUUUGCGAGACUUGCCUGGAGUUGUUCGUGGUCCCGUUCCAAACGCCGUGGGCUCCCGCCCCCGUCCCACUGGAGCUCGCCGUCCGGCACAUUCCUGCUCCUCCGGCUGUGCCCCGCAGGCGCCGCGCGCGGGGGCCACGCUAGCGAGGCACGUGGAGUAGUCGCGCUCUCCCCGCAGCCUCAGCCUGGCCCGCCGUCCUCGGUCCCGGACCAUCGCCGGCGGCCCUGGGCCCGCGGAGCCCUGCUGUGUAGUUAGAAACACCGAUGCUUGCAGCCAGGAGGCGCCCUUUGUGACGUGUUAGCUUCAGACCCCGUGGGCGGGGGGCUUGGGGGGGCCCCACAUUCCAGGGGCGCUUGGUGCCGCCUCCCGUCUGGGUUUGUUCUUUUCUGACCUUCCCUUUCAUUUCUACAUAUUUAUUGACCGUUUUGUCCUUUUAAA